ACGCCGAGGGGUCCUUCAUGAAACGCGUCUCCCUCCAUGUGAGUUUAUCAACACCACGAUGGCAGCAUUCAUCUGAACGAAAGUUUCGACUUCGGGGAUUUAUAGGAAGCGUGUUAGCAGUAAGAGUACAACAAUGGCAACUGUCCGCAAGAAGGUUGACAACCGCAUUCGGGUCCAAAUCGAGAAUGGAGUCGCCCUGCAGCAUCGCACCAUGUUUGUCGUGGUGGGAGAUCGUGGAAGAGACCAGGUGGUGAUUCUGCAUCACAUGCUGUCCAAAGCAAGCGUCCGAGCGCGACCUUCUGUUCUGUGGUGCUACAAAAAAGAACUUGGCUUCAGCAGCAAUCGCAAGAAACGUAUGAAGCAUCUUCAGAAGAAAAUAAAAACAGGCACAUUGAAUCUGAAUCAAGAUGACCCGUUUGAGCUUUUCGUCGCUGCCACUAACAUUCGCUACUGUUACUACAAUGAAACCCACAAGAUACUGGGAAACACUUUUGGCAUGUGUGUUCUACAGGAUUUCGAAGCCCUCACUCCCAACCUCUUAGCCAGAACUGUUGAGACAGUUGAAGGCGGCGGUAUAGUAGUCAUACUGUUACGGACAGUGAACUCCCUCAAGCAGCUGUACACAAUGACUAUGGACGUGCAUGCUCGGUACAGAACGGAGGCUCAUCAAGAUGUGGUUGGAAGAUUCAAUGAGAGGUUCAUCCUGUCCCUUGCCUCCUGCAAAAACUGCGUUGUCAUCGACGACCACCUCAACAUCCUGCCCAUCUCCAGCCACAUGGCCAACAUCAAGCCUAUUCCGCCCAAGACGCAGGAGGAUGGUUUGUCUCCAAAGGAACAGGAGUUGAAGGACCUCAAGGAGACUCUCCAGGACACUCAGCCAGUGGGUGUGUUGGUGGAUAACUGCAGGACCAUGGACCAGGCCAAAGCCGUGCUGAAGUUCAUCGAAGCCAUCUCGGAGAAGACCCUGAGGAGCACCGUGGCUCUGACGGCUGCUCGAGGCCGAGGCAAAUCUGCCGCGCUGGGGGUGGCUGUCGCCGGAGCUGUGGCUUUUGGCUACUCCAACAUUUUUGUAACCUCCCCGAGCCCGGACAAUCUCCAUACCAUGUUUGAGUUCAUCUUUAAAGGCUUUGACGCACUUCAGUAUCAGGAACAUCUGGAUUAUGAGAUCAUCCAGUCGCUGAAUCCCGAGUUCAACAAAGCGGUCGUGAGGGUGAACGUCUUUAAAGAGCACAGGCAGACCAUUCAGUACAUCCAUCCGGGCGAUGCUGUCAAACUGGGCCAGGCUGAACUUUUGGUGAUUGAUGAGGCUGCAGCCAUCCCGUUACCGCUAGUCAAGAAACUGCUGGGACCUUAUCUGGUUUUCAUGGCCUCCACCAUCAACGGCUACGAAGGCACCGGUCGCUCUCUCUCCCUCAAACUGAUCCAACAAUUGAGGGAGCAGAGCGCAAACAGUCAACAGAACAUGUCAGCCGAGAACAGGAGCAGCAUCACCGCCAGGCUAGCAGCAGCUCGCACGCUCCACGAGGUCAGCCUGCACGAGUCCAUCAGGUACGCAGGGGGCGACGCGGUGGAGAAGUGGCUCAAUGAGCUGCUCUGCUUGGACUGCCUGAACAUUCCUAGACUCAUCUCCGGUUGUCCUCUUCCACAAACAUGUGACCUAUAUUACGUGAACAGAGAUACCCUGUUUUGCUACCACAAGGCGUCUGAGGCCUUCCUGCAGAGGCUGAUGGCUCUUUAUGUGGCAUCGCACUACAAGAAUUCCCCCAACGACCUGCAGAUGUUGUCUGACGCGCCGGCCCAUCACCUCUUCUGUCUUCUGCCGCCCGUUCCUCCUACGCAAAACUCGCUGCCUGAGGUCCUCGCUGUGGUGCAGGUGUGUCUGGAAGGCGAAAUAUCCCGACAGUCCAUCCUCAACAGCCUUUCCAGAGGGAAGAAAGCCGCAGGUGACCUCAUUCCAUGGACUGUGUCUGAACAGUUCCAAGAUCCAGAGUUUGGCAGCCUGUCUGGAGGCAGAGUGGUGCGAAUUGCAGUCAAUCCUGACUAUCAAAAAAUGGGCUACGGCUCACGAGUGCUCCAGCUGCUGCAGAUGUACUACGAGGGCAAGUUCCCCACCAUGGACGAAAGCACCGUGCCGCAGAACAACGAAAUCACUACCGUCAGCAGCGAGGCCGUCACGCUCCUGGAGGAGGUGGUGACGCCUCGCAAGGAACUCCCGCCGCUGCUCCUCAAGCUGAGCGAGAGGCGAGCGGAGCGACUGGACUAUUUGGGGGUCUCCUACGGACUCACAACUCAGCUGCUCAAGUUUUGGAAGAAAGCAGGUUAUACUCCGGUCUACUUGAGACAAACGCCUAACGACUUAACAGGUGAGCACUCGUGUGUGAUGAUAAAGGAGCUGCACAGUGAGGAGCAGCAAAGCCACUGGUUGUCUGCAUUCUGGAAAGAUUUCCGCAGGCGCUUCCUGUCUCUGCUCUCCUACCAGUUCAGCAACUUCAACCCGAGCCUGGCCCUCAGCAUCCUACAGAACAAAGGCGCCAAGGAGGCCACGGACACUUUGAGCGCCUCGGAGCUGGCAGCUCACUUCAGCCCCUACGACCUCAAGCGUUUGGAGUUGUACUCGCGCAGCAUGGUGGACUACCACCUCAUCAUGGACCUCGUCCCGACCAUGGCGCGUUUGUUUUUCCUCAAGCAGCUGGGUGACGUGUCUUUGUCAGCGGCGCAGUGUGCAAUGCUGUUAGGCGUCGGGCUGCAGCACAAAUCGGUGGAGAAGCUGGAGAAGGAAGUGGAGCUCCCAAGCUCGCAGCUCAUGGGGCUCUUCAACCGCCUCGUGCGCAAAUUUGUGCAAAUUUUUACCAGCAUCCAAGAAAAAGCCAUCGAAGCAGAGAUGGCAACAACAAAAGACGUCACCAUGGAGCCGACUGUCCGAAGCCUUCAAGAUGAUUUGAAUGAGGCGGCAAAGGAGUUUGAGGAGAAACACGAGCAGGAGAAGGCAAAAGUGAAGGAACUCGACCUGGAAGAGUACAAGAUCCGCGGACAUGACGAGGAAUGGGACGAGGUGCUGAAGAAAGCUGGAAACACGGCGAUGGUCAGCAUUAAAAGUGACAAGAAGAGAAAACUUGAGGUCACAAAGGAUGUGGCGAGCAAUGGUGGUCUUCAGCACGGGAAGCAAAAGAAGGACAUGCAGCAUGGAAAAUUCAAGAAGAAAGACAAACGUGGAAAGUUUGGAAAGAAGGCGAUCAAGUAAAUUGAGGAUGAGGUAAAAAGGACUGCAAUGUUUUUGUUUUUUUAAUUGGAGGCAAGAAAUGGACAGAAGUUUAGUUGCUUAUUUUUCUUACAUCACAAUCAUGUGUGCCUAAUAUAUUCAUACAUAGGCAUGUCUACAUUGUUGUAUUCAUUUAAAAUUAUACAAAUCACCACGAGUGUCAAACAACAGUUUCAAGUGUUUUCACUUUUUGUAAUGUUAUAAUUGCUAUGAAAAUGUAAAUAGGUAGUCGUUUUCCCUUUUCUAUAAAGUGAGGUAAGCGGUUGGCUGACACGUCGCUGAAGUUGUCAUUUGAGAACGUGUGGCUGUAUUUGAGUCCACUUGUGCUUCAGUUGUUGCUUGACCG